AUGAGGAGCGUGGUUUUCUCAGUCUUGUUCCUGGCUUUGGCCAUUUUCUCGGCUUCCUGUUUCCAGCUAGCUGAAAUGAGGCCGCUGAAGGAAGACGGUGAUGGUGAUAAUUAUUCAUUGCUGUUACAGUCCCUGCAGAAAGGCCCGGUGCAAGGGUCGGGUCCCAAUCCAUGCACCAACAUCCCCGGCCGGAACCAGGGAACCUGCACAAGUGCUGUGAGCGCCAUGAACGUCGCCGGCGAUGUAUUCGCCCGAUCGCCGCAGCCGCCUCUUGCAGCUUCUCGUCUCGCCGUUUCUAGUCAUCCACAAUUUUCUCAGAGUUCUUGA